AUGAUCCCCGGGAUCCGUGAGUCCGUUACGGAAGACAUACAGCGCCAAGUCCCAAUCGACUAUGCUGAAAACUGUCGACGGCUAUGUUUGCAUCAUGCUCUGGCUAUGUGCAAGCUGUGGUCCGAUACUCUGAGUGAAGCGCAUGUUUUCUGGUUAUCGGAUCAGUCGAUUGGAAUUUAUGCAUAUCAGUGCGCGAAUAUUCUUGUUAAUUUGUGGGAUUUGGAUUGUGACGCUGGUCUUAAAGCCGAGUUGACGAUCAUUUCUUCUUUUUUGGAUCGGUUGGCCGUGUUGUAUCCGGUUGUGGCUGAGAUUCAAUCCGAGAUCAACGGCUUCAUCACCAGCCUUGACGUCGUGACGGAUUUUUACCAAGCGCACAGCGACGGGAUGCUAUCACAAACAUUGACCGCUGCAUGGCGAUCGACACUUCGUCAGCAGGGGAUUCAGGAAGGUCAAACAGCUUCCAAGUUUUCAUUGUUAGAGUUUCUGCAUAAUCAAAACAAAGUGGAGGAUGCAAAUGCCGACGAGGAUUACUCUGUCCCAAAUAUCGAUGCACCGCCUGAGCCGUCAACUUUAAAUGGUACCGAUAUGGGAUUGGGCAUCAGUGCGACGUCCGAUAAACCAUAUUUGCUCGAUGAGCUUUGGUCUUCGGCGCAACUGGAGAUGGAUUUUGACUCGUAUGGAACGCGCGUUGAUCCAUUCUGUCGCAUUUUCGACGACUGGUCACUUGCAGUCGAAUAG